AUGAGGCUGAAUGAGAGCCGGACAAGAUCUUUCCAGGCUCCUGUCACCGUCCACAGUUACCCGGGCAGGCAGGUGUACGUGUUUCCCAAUGACCGCUCGGAUUCGGAAGAGUCGUCGGAGGAGGAACUCAACGUUAUGGAACUGCGGCCGAGGGGCAGGGAGCAGCAGCGGUGCAGCACCUCUCGGGACAGAGCUGGAGAUGUGGUGCUUCUGGAACGAGAGAUUACGGAGGGUGAUAAUCUUAACAAGCUAGCCCUGCAGUAUGGGUGUAAAGUUGCGGAUAUCAAACGUGUCAACAACUUCAUCCGGGAGCAGGACUUGUAUGCGCUCAAGUCCAUCAAGAUCCCCGUGAAGCCCCACGGGCUGUUAACGGAGAACGGCAGAGAACUGAGGCCGCUCCCCGCUGCGCCCUCCCAGACCGGCCUGACGCUGGUGGACUUACCGGAGCCCGAGGAGGCUGCGAGCAGCUCUGCCGACAGCAAACACCUGAGCGACUACUUCAGGGGGAUUGACAAGAGCAUUCAGGACGUGGAGGUCCAGCUCAACGCAGAGUACUGCGUGGGAGCACUGGAGAGGCCACUGCCCGAGUCGGGGAAGCAGGAGAGCAGUAACGGUGCAGACUGUGGGAUCCAGUGGUGGAACGCAGUGUUUAUUAUGCUCCUGAUAGGAAUUGUCCUGCCAGUGUUUUAUAUCAUCUAUUUUAAAACACAAGGCCUGGUGGCCCAUACCCCCAACACAACACUAACCUCAAAUAUUUCAACAGAUGGAUUGGAAGGGAAAUUACGACAAAGUUCAGCUGUAGAAAAAAAUCCUGAGGGGGAGAGGCAGCGGGACACGGCCUCUGCUGCCAGCACUGGCGCCUGUACGCCAGCGGCGCUGCCGCGAGCGCGCUCAGGGGGAUAA